AUGCAACCGAAAAUCUACUUGGUGCUGGUAGCUGGUCUAUUAGCCCUGGUGGACGCGCUCCCCAUCGACCGCCACGCCGGCGACGUCGAUAUCGCCAAACGUGCCUUCUUUCUGAACUUGCUCAGCGGCAUUGAGGGUCUCUUUUCGUCGCUGCCCGCCACCAAUAAAGCUACUACUCCUCAGGCUGCUCAGGCCCCAGCGGCGGCGGCACCCGCGGCGGCGAUCCUGCCAACCACCACUAUCGUCGAGUACGCUCAGCCAACAGCAGCAGCCACUCAGCCGCCAACGACGAAAGGUUUCUUCGCUAACUUGUUCCUGCCCAAGACGACGGCGCCGGCUCCGGCUCCCGUGGCCGCUGCUACCACUAAUCCGGCAAUCCAGGUGUUUGCUCCAGCUCUGACCCAGCCAGCGCUGACUCAGCCCGCUGUUGCUGCUGUUGCUGCUGCGCCGGUGGCGGCACCCACCUCGUCGUCAGUGAAGUUCUUUGACCAUCUUUUCGACGACCUCAGUGGCUUUUUCGGCCUCGAUGGCGACUCGCCGCUGUCUACCCCUUCGUCGCUGCCACAACCGCAGCCGCAACUGAGCCAGCCUCAGCCGCUGCUGAACUUGCAAGCGGCCCCGGCGACCUCGCUGUAUCAGCAGCAAUCGCAGGCGCCUCAAUCGCUGUCAGACCCUGCCCAAGGUGGCAACCAGGGCUCUUCCUCAGCGUCUAACUCCGGUGCUUCGCCUACUAAUGAUUUAGGCGGUAAGCAAGGGUCCGGUUACGGUGGUACCGGUGGCCUGGGUAAAGCCAGUGGCAGCCCCGAUGACGUCGCCGCCGUGCUGGCGGGGGAAGUGCCUGGCUGGUACUCGGUGGGCGAUAGCUCACAACUGGCGGUGCCCACGGGGGCUACUCCCGGUGGCCAGAACGCUCAGUACGCUCAGGGUUCCAAGGGGAUGUCGUACUCGCCCUACCGUAAAUCGGGCCAGUGUAAGCUGCUGCAGGAAGUGGCCAGCGACAUCAAAAAGCUCCAAGGGUUCGACCUCAUCCGUCUCUACCUGACCGACUGCUCGGGGAUCGAAAACGUGUUGGCUCUGAUGGGGUCUUCGCAACAACUUUUCCUCGGGGUGUGGAACUUGGACACCGCUCUGGUCCAGGGCGGGCUUAAUGACAUUGCUAACGCCGUCAAGACUCUGAACCGAGGGUGGCUGGCGGUACACACCAUUGCCAUUGGCAACGAGCGGGUUAAUGAAGGCCAGGCGACCGUGGGAGACAUCAGCGCUGCGUUAUCGACGGCGAGAGAUUGGUUAAAGGCCAAUGCUCCCCAGUAUAACGGGGCGGUGGUGUCGGUAGACACAUUGGUGGCGGUGAAAAACAACCCUGGUCUCUGUGGUCUCAGUGACUACAUUGCCGUCAACUGUCACCCAUACUGGGACGGUGGGGUACUCCCUGAGAACCUGGGCCCUUGGCUUAAGCAACAAGCACAAGAAUUAGCGGGGAUCUGCAAUAAUAACAAGCAGAUCAUGAUCACCGAGACCGGGUGGCCCACUAAGGGGGGAAACUACGGGCUGGCGGUGCCGCUGGUGGAGAACCAAAAGACGGCGCUCCAACUGAUCAUCAGCACCAUGGGGCUGGACGUGUUGGCGUUCACCAUGUAUAAUGACUACUGGAAGGCCGGCGGCACCAAUGGCGUCGAGCAGUACUGGGGGGUGUUUGGUGACCCCGACGCCUAA